GGCAGACGUUUCCCUCCUGGGUUUUUCUUUCCAUCAGUUUGGAGUGCGUUGGCACCGAAGCCCCACGUUUCCGGAUGCGGUUCAUGAGGCUUUCCUUCAGCCGCACCGAGAGUGAGGCUGCCAUCAUCGAAGCAGUCAACGCGGCCGAAAACACCACCUCUCCGGGAUGGUUCAACUCCAAAUGCAAGAGAGCUACCGUAUACGCCGUCUACAUGGUGUGCGUGGUGGUGAUCCUGUGGCAGAGCCGCGGGCUGCACCCGGAUGCGCCGACGGCGAGCGGCUACCUGCUGCUCUCGUUCCGCGUCUUCGUGGUUCUCACGCUGGUUCUGGCCUCGGUCAAGUUGUUCUUCAACCUGCGCGACUUCUAUUCGCAGUUGCACAGCGAGGAAUACAUCCCGCCAAAGGAGACUCCCGACGUCUCCAAGAUGGACGGCGGCCGAGGAGAUGAGCAAGAUGACUUCGUAGACUUCUGCCGCCGCGAGGGUUUCCCUCUGCCUGAGCUGCGCAAGCCGGAAGAGCUGCCCGUCGAUUUGGGGUUCUAGCCACAGGCUCAGCAUCAUUCCUCGCACAAACAGUGUCUGCAACACAGCCUGCGCCAAGUCAGUCUCUCACAGUCGUUUCUCCCGCUAGCGACAACUUCAAGGAGGAGGCGGCG